UAUCUAUCGAACUAGUGUGAUUAGUGGAUGCAUCAGACCGAUCAUAAAAGAGCGAAGAGUUGUGUAUUCCAGCGAAAAAAAAUCUGUUAAUCCUAAAGCUACAAGAAUUUUUUUCCCCCACCCACAGGCAUACUCCAAAGACCCAUUACUCAAGACAACGACGUUCUACCUGUAGAGCGGGCUAAAUCUCCGCGUAAAACGAAUUAGCCCAAGAUAAAUCUACAGAAAAAGAAAAGUGAUUUAUGAACAAAAGCACAAACAACGGAUUAACAUUUGUUAAGUUGCUCCAGUAAUCCAUAGUACUCAAACUAAAGAAAGCUCAUUCUAAAAGGGGGCUGUCAACAUCCAGCCCCAAUCAUGGAUUGGAAGACCUUCCAAGCCCUCCUAAGUGGGGUGAAUAAGUACUCCACUGCGUUCGGCCGUAUCUGGCUCUCUGUGGUGUUUGUGUUCAGGGUAAUGGUGUACGUGGUGGCGGCAGAACGCGUGUGGGGCGAUGAGCAGAAGGACUUUGACUGCAACACCAAGCAGCCCGGCUGUGCUAACGUCUGCUACGACCACUACUUCCCCAUCUCCCACAUCCGCCUGUGGGCCCUGCAGCUCAUCUUCGUCACCUGCCCCUCCUUGAUGGUGGUGAUGCAUGUGGCGUAUCGCGAUGAACGUGAGCGGAAGUACCACGCCAAGCAUGGCAACAAGGCCAAGCUGUACGAGAACACAGGCAAAAAGCACGGCGGCCUCUGGUGGACCUACCUGCUCAGCCUCUUCGUCAAGACAGGCAUCGAGAUCUCCUUCCUCUACAUCCUCCACAAAAUCUAUGACAGCUUCUACCUGCCCAGGCUGGUCAAGUGUGAGGUCAGCCCCUGCCCCAAUCAGGUGGACUGCUACAUCGGCCACCCCACAGAGAAGAAGGUCUUCACCUACUUCAUGGUGGGCGCCUCGGCCCUCUGCAUCGUGCUCAACGUCUGUGAGAUCAUCUACCUCGUCUCCAAGGGCGUCGCUCGCAUGGCACAAAAGAUGAAGAGAAGAGAGCGCACCUUGGCCUUGCAUGAACGGUACGACAAGGAUAAUUCCUGCAGCGCCUGCAGCACUCUACCUAUGUCUCGGCUGGAGAAACAAUCCUUAAAGCCCCAGUUUCCAGGCCACCUACAAGCCACCUUACCGGCUCACAUGCAUGCGUCUGCCCCUAACCUGUCCUAGAGUGGAUGUCCACUCUAUCCCAAGACUGAACCAAACAUGGAGGCCUAUGGAGCCAGGCCUCAUCUCAUUGGUCAAGCCUGUCAAGCCUGGUCCUCCUGUAAGACUUUGUAUGAGAGACAGACUUUUCUCAAAGUCUCUACUGCCCUAGCUAUUACUGCCCUAUACUGCCAUGGAGCAAGGCUUUGUAUUGAUGUCCAUGACCCUGGGGCUAGACAACCCUGUCGUGAGCCACAUUCCAUUUUAUACAACUAAACUCUUACUUCCAGACUGAAUAACCAGCCCUUCCAACCCAUUUCCCUUCACUAUCAACGUUUCCCUUUCAAUGCAACAUAGCGAAACGAAAUUAACUAUGCAAGAACUAUUGCAUUGACACGCACGACUCAGACCGUACUCUACACAGACCGGUGCGGCAUAACCAAUCAGAGCUGCAGUAGGCCUAUUUAAGAAAUUAGUCCCGCUGGGGUGUGGUUUAUGGCCACUAUACAGCGUGCAUAAGAAGGGCUGUUCUCUGCACGACGCAAUGCGGAGUGCCUAGACACAGUCCUUAGCCGUGAUAUAUUUGCCAUAUACCACAACCCCCCAAAGUGCCUUAUUGCUAUUAUAAACUGGUUACCAAUGUAAUUAGAACGGUCUGAUAUACCAUAUCUUUCAGCCAGUCAGCAUUCAGGGCUCGAACCACCCAGUUUAUAAAUGCAAAUUGAUCAUUGCCAUAUAGGGAUUUGUGCCAUUCGCUUUGAACUUGACUGUGUUUACAGCAUGAGCGGUCGUGAGUAGAUGCACUUUUUUAUUUAUCAAAGUGAGAGCUGUAUGUAGCCACAUGUGCACAUUUUGUUCAUAUCCUUUGCUAGUUAGUGAGUUAUUAGCCCAGUUAUAAAUAAUGUAUAGUCAGCAAUGGGGGAGUGAUUGCUUCAUACAAGAGCACAAAAUGUGUAAAUGUCUUUGAAAAUGUGAUUCGAGUAUGAGCUUUUUUUUGUUGUCUUAAAUGGGCAGUGUUGUAUUUUGAGACAGGUUUGACUAAACUAAGUAGCCAAUAGGCAGCAGAGGGUAACAUCAUUUGUCUGAUUCUCUGAAAUAGUGUUAUGGGAAUAAUACUGCAUGUUAUUUUGUAAAGUGGUUUCUUACAUCAAACAAUACAAUAACCUUUUCAGUCACCUCCUUGUCUGAAGGACAAGGUAAUGUCAAGCCCUGCAUGUUUUUUUUUAAGUCUCAUGGAAUGUAGGCUACAUUGAACAUCCCACAUUGGCUGUUACUGUAGGGUGAAUGACAGAACAGCUAUUUCAAUGUUAAAAUGUUAUGAGACGCAUUUUCUCCAUUGUUUAUUUAUGGUUGGCCACUCUGGUAGGCCUACAUUAUGAUCAAAUAGCCACAAUAGCCCUUUUGACCACCGUCUGAACCGGUAACUUGAAGUGGGUACAGCCUCAGCGUUCACAUUAAACGCGCGCUGGAAGUUGCACAGAAUUUUCACAACGGUCAAGUUUGAGCUCAGCAGACCUGAAAUUUGCUCUGUGCCAAAAAUAUUUGAGGGAAUAUAGGGUGAAAUGCUCAUAGGGAACUAUUUUGUCAGAGUGACAAGCAUGUAUUCAAGACACACGGAGGCGUGUAUUCACCCACAUCACCAAUACUUUGGAGGUGUGCUAAGGCGCUAUAGAAACAGGGACUACUAGAAAGAAAAUGCAUUUCAGAGGUUUGCUUAUUAAUUACUGAAAUGUGUUGUUACUUGCCUCAAAGAUAUUUGUAUACUCUCUGUUUUAUGACUUCAAUAUGAGACAACAGAAUGAUAACAAAUAUCUUUGCUUUGACAGUGUUGGUGCAAGAUUAGUCUAAACUGGACAGUGGCUUACCACUACUUGGCAAUUGUGCACCAACAUAAUUAAUCAUUUAUUUGGUUUUAUUUAAAGCAUGCAUUCUAAUAGAAGCUCCUCUAUCAUUUAAUCACUUUUUAAAUUGUUUUACUCUAUUACAAGACUACAUCAAAUCAAAUUUCAAAUCAAAUGUAUAUAUAUAGCCCUUCUUACAUCAGCUGAUAUCUCAAAGUGCUGUACAGAAACCCAGCCUAAAACCCCAAACAGCAAGCAAUGCAGGUGUAGAUGCACGGUGGCUAGGAAAAACUCCCUAGAAAGGCCAAAAACCUAGGAAGAAACCUAGAGAGGAACCAGGCAAUGAGGGGUGGCCAGUUCUCUUCUGGCUGUGCCGGGUGGAGAUUAUAACAGCACAUGGCCAAGAUGUUCAAAUGUUCAUAAAUUACUAGCAUGGUCAAAUAAUAAUCACAGUAGUUGUCGAGGGUGCAGCAAGUCAGCACCUCAGGAGUAAAUGUCAGUUGGCUUUUCAUAGCCGAUCAUUAAGAGUAUCUCUACCGCUCCUGCUGUCUCUAGAGAGUUGAAAACAGCAGGUCUGGGACAGGUAGCACGUCCGGUGAACAGGUCAGGGUUCCAUAGCAGAACAGUUGAAACUGGAGCAGCAGCACGGCCAGGUGGACUGGGGACAGCAAGGAGUCAACAUGCCAGGUAGUCCUGAGGCAUGGUCCUAGGGCUCAGGUCCUCUGAGCCUACAUCUGGCUCGGGUCCUACAUCUGGCUCAGGUCCUACAUCUGCAUGGUUCCUCUCAUAUUUAUGUUGUAAUGCCACAACAGAUUGUCUGUGUUUGUACAUGCUUGUACACAAACGUUCCUCAUCCAAGGCCUAUGUUGAUUCAAAUGAGAGACAAGGAAUGCUGCUGUUUAAUUUAUCAAGUCCACUAAAUGCUGGCAUCUUGGAAAGUUGGAGCACAACAUCUGACUACAGAGAAAAGUGGACAAAACAGUGUUUCUCAGUGAACAAUGGUGUGGACACCUGAUAGCCUCACAUUGUCAUGAACAGAACCUUCACUAUCAGCU